GACCACUACGUGCUCAGUGCAGAUCAGGUCGUUCGACAGCUAACGCUCUUGGCUUCCGCGCCCGAAGCACGCAGCACCCGGGUGACGGUUUCUCCACCCCUCACAGAAGACACCUACAGCGUCCUUUCACCGGUACCCAUUGGUGGCAUGCCAGUUCCCCGUGUGGCGAACGCAACUGUGAAAGGCCUGUAUCCUGGCUUGCGCUCCACUCAGUAUUUCGUUCGCUUUGCUCCGGAGGCGAAGUUGGCAAAGGUGCUCCUUCUCGAAGAUGCGAAGCUGGGCUUCAAGCGAUGUCUCGCCUGGGCUACGCUGCCGGGCAGCCAGCUGAGCGUGCCGCCCCAGUCCAAGUUUCUGAACGCCACCAUCAUUUUCGCCGACUAUGUCCUGGGCGUGCCCCUGGCAAAAGAUCAAGCGGGGCAGCUGGGCGUCGCUGGAGGUGCCACGUGGACCGUUUUCUACCCGCGCCAGAAUGCCUCCAAAUGCAAACCCGACUGCCUGGACGAUCCGGACUGCCUAGCCUCCUUCGAAGGCCAUGCUGGCUGCUUUGCAGCUUACCACAACUACUCCUGGCACGAAAGUCAAG